UCAAUAGGAGUUGUGAUUCCCCAAGUGAAAUGACUAUCGGAGAGAAAACUUGAAAAAUGUAAACAAGGAUUCGUUUUUUUUGCUGCCAUGAUGAUUCACAAGAUCAUGACCUUUUAUUGAAUUGGCUCAAUGCGGUGAUGGAUUAUUAAAGAAAUGGGAAGAGAUUUGGAUUUUUGGGAUCAUCCCUACUACAAAAUUAUGAAGACAGCAGCCACCACAGUGGGUAUAUGGCCCUGCCAAUCAAUCAAGGACAUUAUCAUCUAUCGUUUUCGGCUUUUUUUCAUUUGCAUCGUUCAAAUUCAGCCUCAGAUAUCAGCUUUUUGGAAGUAUCGAAAUGAUCUGGAAAUCGUUUUGGAUACAAUCGCUCCUUUCAUUGUAGACAUAGUGUUUACCCUGAAAUUGAUAAAUGUAUGCUACCAUUUCAAAAAAUUGAAUUAUCUCUUGGAACAAAUUAGAGAAGACUGGAGCAUUUUUUCGAAAAAUAACGGACUUUAUUUGCUUCAUUAUCACAGUAAUUUUGCACGAAAACUUUCGAUGGUAUAUAUGGCCGGAGUGUACAUAGGCGGGCUUUGUUAUUCAACUGAACCAUUGCAACAAAUUAUGCUCUAUCAUCUUCUGUACUCCAAUAUCACCUUGCAAAGGAGAUUUUCCAUGCCAAUGGAUUUUGGCCCUAUUAAUUUGGGAAUCUGGUAUUACCCACUGUUACUAGGAUCUGCAUUUUGCAUUUUAAUGAUUCUAACGGUUAUCGGUUCCUGUGAUUUACUACUAUUCAUGUAUGCAGAGCAUGCUUGCGGAUUGUUUAAAGGAUUGGGAUAUGCAAUUGAACAUCUGCCGUCUUAUAAUACGACUGCGAAGUACGACAACAGUUAUGAUUAUAUGCGGAGAUGUGCACUAAUCCAUUGUCGUGCAAUAAAUUGUCUGAAUAGUUUUGCAGAAAGUGUCAGAGAUAUUUUCCUUUGGUCAUUCUUCGGGGUUAUAGGAUUGAAUAUGAUAAUAAUUAGCUUAACUGCUGUACAGGUGAUGAACAAUCUAAAUGCGGUGGAAAAAGUCCUCAAAUAUACGAUAUUUGUGUCCAUGCAGAUGGUACACCUAUUCGUUGAAUGUUUCACUGCUCAACGCUUAAUGGACGCGAGUUUUCAACUCAAAGAGACUCUGACGAAUGCAAAAUGGUAUAAUGCGUCAAGGAGAACGCAGAGACUGAUCCCUCUGAUGCUCAUACGAAGCCAAUCUCCAAUUGUUCUCACUGCUGGAAAAAUAAUUGUUAUGAAUAUGAGUACAUUUGCUACGGUUCUUAAGACAGCAGCAUCAUACUUCACGGUACUGUUGGCUAUGCAAUGAAAUUCAUAAAUCAACACAGUAAAAAACAAUGUUAUUGAUAUCUGCGUAUUAUUUUUCCUUCAUACAUGACCUGACCUCCUUUCCCCACUCCAAAUGUAGAUAGUUUUGCGGAACAG